AUGGCGAGCAACACAGGUGUCAUGAUCGAUCCCGAGAUCUUCCAGUACCUUCAGGCUCACGCUGAGGAGCAGACCGAGGUUAACGACAAGUUGAACCAGAUAUUGACUGGUCUUAACCGUCACAUCUCGACAGCUCAGGGCCAUCUCAGUCGCAUCCAUGCUACACCUACCUCGAAGCUUGGUCCCCUUCUCGCCGAGGUUGAGAAGGAAGGCAUCAAGCCUGCCGUCGAGAGCAUUGGCGAGCUCUCCAAGUUUGCCUCGAGCUAUCCUUACUACAAGUACAACCAGAAGUGGACGAGAUCAGUUCAGAACCUCAUUUACUCGAUGCUCUUGACCACCUGGCUUGGUGGUCUUGGUACCGAAUCGCGGCCUGGCGAGCUCGGUCGUCUGCUUCGCAUCGAAGAGGUUGGCGAGAUCCUUGGAGUCCCUGUCAACCUGGAGGACCGUGAUGCUUUCCACAUCACCAUUGAGGAGUACAUUCUAUCUCUGACCGACCUCACGGACGAGCUCAGCCGCCUGGCCAUGAACUCGGUCACCAUGGGCGAUAUCAGCCUUACGGUCCGCAUCAGUGCCUUUAUCAAGGAUUUGUUUGCUGGCUUCCAGCUCCUCAACCUCAAGAACGACGUUGUGCGCCGCAAGAUCGAUGCCGUCAAGUAUCACGUCAAGAAGGUUGAGGAUGUCAUUUACGAUCUGUCCCUGAGAAACCUGAUUCCCAAGGCCGAGGCUUGA